CCGUGCGUAUUUACGCUCAGUGCGUUCAUGUGUAGGAAGAGAGUUGGAGAAACGGAAGAAAGUUCCGCGUGUUUGAGAGCAGGACCUUCAGAUAAGCCUUCAGAGAGGAGGAAGAACACCUUUUUUUUUUUGGCUUUAAUUUGACUGCUUCUCCAUGCGCUCUACCCGUUGGCGUUAACGCACAGCGCACAGGGAAAGUAAACAAACUGAUUAAGAAGAAGGGGGCUGAUUCAGUCUAAGCGGCUCCAGAGUUUUCGAUCGUAUAUUUAGCAUCCCUCUUUUGCCCCCUCUGCCCGUCCCUUCUGAGCGCGGAGCGGCAGAGGGAGGGACGGGAGAACCAGACGGACGGACCGGACCGUGAGGCUGCGCGUCUCCGCCGGUGGAUGAUCCACUGGAUGCGGGACGAUGGAUUGAGAAAAUUCCUUGCCACUGCAGCCUUUUUUUUUCCACCACCGACCCCCUGUCCACCUCGGGAUUAUUUCAUCUCUCACCGACCCCCUCUCCUUCCCUCUCGAGAUGACCGAGGAAUAUGUUUUGCGGUGCGUCCUGAUGCUCUGCUGCGCGCUGCUCUCGGCCAACGCGAGUAACUGGCUGUACCUGGCCAAGCUGUCAUCAGUGGGAAGCAUCAGGGAUGAGGAGACGUGUAUGAGGUUACGGGGACUCAUCCAACGACAGGUUCUGAUCUGUAAGCGCAGUGUGGAGGUGAUGGAUGCAGUGCGUCGAGGAGCCCAGCUGGCUAUCGACGAGUGUCAGUUCCAGUUUCGCAACCGUCGAUGGAACUGCUCCACGCUGGAGACCAUGCCUGUCUUUGGCAAAGUGGUCACCCAGGGCACUCGUGAGGCAGCCUUUGUGUAUGCCAUCUCAGCAGCCAGUGUGGCGUUUGCGGUCACAAGGGCCUGCAGCAGCGGAGAGCUGGAAAAAUGUGGCUGUGACCACAAUGUACAUGGAGUCAGUCCAGAGGGGUUCCAGUGGUCUGGCUGCAGUGAUAACAUUGCAUACGGUGUGGCCUUUUCUCAGUCGUUUGUGGAUGUGAGGGAGAGGAGUAAAGGCCAGUCCUCCAGCCGGGCUCUCAUGAACCUGCACAACAACGAGGCUGGAAGAAAGGCUAUUCUGUCCCACAUGCGUGUGGAGUGCAAAUGCCACGGCGUGUCCGGCUCCUGUGAGGUAAAGACCUGCUGGAAAUCGAUGCCCCCUUUCCGCAAGGUCGGGAACGUCAUCAAGGAGAAGUUCGACGGCGCCACAGAGGUGGAGCAACGCAAGGCGGGCACCACCAAAGUGCUCGUGCCUCGAAACUCCCAGUUCAAGCCCCACACGGACGAAGACCUCGUCUACCUGGAGCCCAGUCCGGACUUCUGCGACUUCGACCCGCGGACGCCGGGGAUGCUCGGCACAGUGGGCCGCCAGUGCAACAGGACGUCGAAGGCCAUCGACGGCUGCGAGCUGAUGUGCUGCGGCCGCGGCUUCCAGACGCAAGAGGUGGAGGUGGUGGACAGGUGCAGCUGUAAGUUCCACUGGUGCUGCUACGUCAAAUGCAAACAGUGCCGCAAAAUGGUGGAGAUGCACACUUGCCGGUGAUCGGAGAUGGAGGCGCAGAGGGCAUGAUGAUUAACAAAACGAAACGCCCCCGUACUCCUCUCAAAAUGCCAAGGUGAAAGAGUUCAAGGAGGGACUGUGGAGUCAUUCUUCUCCUCCUUGAAACCACCCCGCCCUUCUACUACUGGUCAAAGGAAACACACAAAAGUGGCUGAGAUUUGAAUGUCAUCUUUUUUUCCAUUUUACGCCACCAUCUUGGAUAUCAGUAGAUAAUGCAUGGGGAUUUCCUACAAAAGCUAACGAGGGAGUUUGUUUCUUCUCAAGUAGAGAGCAUCCUUCACUUUCUCCCUCCCUCCCUCACUCUCAUAUUUGCUUCGUCAUUGAUGCUUCUUAUUUUUGUAAUGUUUAACUUAUUUGUUGAGACUGAGGAGGGUUGAUGGGGGGUUAUGGACCUGAAGAAGGAGCGGAUGAGUGGGACAAACUGGACCCAUGGGUGGGGUUAAAGGGGGUUGGGACGGGGUCAAGAGGAGGGAUGUUUGCCCCUCUGUCCUUGCUGCUGAUGCUUUUGGGGGACUCAUUUGGACUGAUGGAUGUCAAAAAAGGGAGACACAGAGUCUGUUAGAAGAUGAACAACAAAAAGGGGGACGCGUCACAGACGGACUUUCUGUGAUUUGCUUCCGUUGCGCUGAGGUUUCAGUUGCUGUCAAGUCAUUUAUUUUUAUUCCCCUGCGAUGCCCUGAUGCUGCUCCACGCAAAACACACUCACUCUGUUUCAGUCAGAAGGAGGAUGAUGAUGGACAGGUGAAAGCCACGGUUAGCUUCCUUCCCAUUUUUUGUUUUCUGUAGGCCAGAAGCACUGGCAGGUGACGGGCAUCAGACACACCAAACACACACACACACCUAGCAAACAUGGCUUCAAAAGACACCUGUAUGCAGACAGCUGCUACCUACUAUACAACCCCAGAUCCUUACAUAAAAAAACAGCUCUAAGUUCAGAUUUAAGACGAUUCAUUACCAUUUCAGAGCAUCAUUUUGUGAAUUUCUUGAGAGAUCAUUUGGACUAUUUUCCUUCAUAUUGCCUUCCGCCAAAUGCUACUUAAAUGCAAACCUGAGUAAACACAAAGACAUGCAUGCACCCGCAAACACACACAAUGUAAACACACACACACACACACACACACACACCCACACACACAAAGGGGUCUACCAGAGGGUUGCCAAGCAUGUUCAGCAUGCAUGACGACUGAAGCACUUUCUCUCCAAGCGCACAUAGAGCCCUCGCCCCCACUUCAACAAACAUCUAAAACCAUAGAUUCCAAUUGUCCCGGUUCCUUACACACACUCGCACACACAGUUUGCAAUGCCACUGUCAGGAGAGUCUGUUGUUGUCUUGCACCUCCGCCAUAAAGCCAGGCUUUCCUAUAAUAAUGUGCUACCAUUAUAGAGACAUACUGUAGAUCUGUAAAGACUUAUACACUGAAGAAGACUAUACUGCCUAUGAAUGUAUGUUAAUA